AUGGCUACUCUGCAAGAUUUAAAAAGCGCCCUCCAGUCGAAGACAGGCGUCAAGGCAACGACUUCAAGGCAGACAUUAUCGGAUACACAGUACGACAACGGUUUCAAUAUCUUGGUGCAAGGUUCGACAGGUUAUCAAGAUUUCAUCAUCCCACAAUUGACUCAGGUCCUGGCGCCACUAUUCGACUCCAGAUCCCGGAUCUCUGCUCUCGAGAUUGGGCCUGGCCCCAAGAGCGUGCUUGGUGGUCUCCCAGAUCACCAAAGGAGAAAAGUCCGACAAUAUGAAGCUUUUGAGCCCAAUCAAUUGUUUGCAGCAAGUCUGGAAGAAUGGCUUUCGGUCGAUACUGUUAAGAGGUCACGAUUUCCUUGCCUGGAAAGGUCACCAACAAUUCAUCGUUUGCCGUUUGAUCCACAGCAGAACAUGAAUCGGGACAGUAGUAGUAACACCAUUGACGAAGUCGGGGGAUACGACGUGAUCCUCUUUUGCCACAGCAUGUACGGUAUUCAAUCGAAACGAAAAGCCAUUGAACAGGCACUGGAGAUGCUUGGAGAGAGGAGAGGCGGGAUAGUGUUAGUCUUCCAUCGCGACGGAAAUCUACAUUUUGAUGGCCUGGUGUGCCAUCAAACCGCUGUUUUUCCGACCGGGGUUGUCAGGGUGGCAGAUGAAGAUCAAGCCCUGGACGACUUUACUCCCUUCAUUGCAGGUUUCGUAAUGCAUGAUGAAGAGGUGCAAAAGACUGUUCAAAUUCAGUGGCGGAAGGUGUGUCGAGAUUUGGGUCGUUAUGAGGAUACGUAUCCAGGUUAUCUCUCAUUCCGCUCGCCGGAUGUUAUGGUGGCCUUCAAUGAGCAUGCGACAAAAGUAUCAGAGCUCACAGCGCAGUUGCCAGUGGUGGAGACAGAUAGGCAGAUAAAAAAUCGGGAGGCUCAUCUGCGUCGACCAGCGGCAAUCUGUAGACCAACAGAAAUCUACCACAUUCAGCUGUGUGUGUGGUGGGCCCUCAAGCACGCGGUCGGCUUGAUCAUCAUCGGUGGGGGGCACAGUGGCCACUGUAUUUGGGACAACGUCAUCUCAGUCGAUAUGGGUGCCUUCGACCAAGUAUAUAUUCAUGGUAAAGAAGAGAGAGACUUGCUUGACAAUUCUGGUUCAAGCGCUUUCGUCGUCGUCGAGGCUGGCUGCACAUCGGGAGACGUCAUCAGGAAAGCUAUGGAGGCAGGCGUGACAGUGCCCUUGGGAUCUCGCCCAAGUGUAGGUGCAGGAUUAUGGCUGCAAGGUGGAAUCGGACAUCUGGCUCGACUCCAUGGUUUGGGAUGCGACGCUAUCGUGGGCGCUGUUAUGGUCAGUGUUGAUUCUGGCCAGGUCCUCUGCGUGGGCUAUGUUCCAAGUGAACAUCAACCAGCUAUGUCUGUUCGAGCAGAGAAUGAAACGGAAAUUCUGUGGGGGUUAAGAGGUGCAGGAACAAAUCUCGGCAUCAUCGUCAGUGUAACUUUCAGGGCUUACACGGCUCCAGUAUAUAUCGUUCGGAACUGGGUUGUGCCACUCAGCGAUGGUCUUGAAGCACAGCUCAAGCUUGGUCGAUUUGACGAACUUAUUGCGAGAAAGCUUAGCCGGAACUGUUCUGCAGAUGCCUACCUAUACUGGGAAGAUGGUCAACUGCAUCUUGGUUUCACCAUGAUUGAGUCUACAACCGCGUCCGCCGCGUCGAAAUGUUCGUUCUCCACGACCGUUAGUUCACAUCUCGGAGCAAGUGAAGACGAAGCCAAGGUGGUACACAGCGUCGGUCUGUUUGAGACAGAGAUGUACGUUUCGAAGAUGCACGGUGGGCAUGGCAGUGGCAAAACGUCUUCUUUCAAGCGUUGCCUGUUCGUGAAAGACAUAGGUAGUCCCAAGGUAGCUGAGCGCUUGGUGGUAGCCAUGGAAGCUCGCCCAUCACCACUGUGCUACCUUCAUCUGCUGCAAGGAGGAGAGGCGAUUAGUGACAUUGCGGCUGAGGCUACUGCCUUUGGCUGUCGAGACUGGCACUUUGCUUGUGUGAUAACUGGUGUUUGGCCUCGCGAUCAAGAUGGCACCGGAAUCGCUCGGGCUGCUGUAGAAUGGGUUUACAGUGUUGCAGAUGACUUGCUGCCUUUGUCUAAUGGGGCCUAUUGCGCCGAUCUCGGACCCGACCCCAGGGAUGCUGCACUUGCUAGCAGAGCCUUUGGAGUCAACCGACAACCGCUCAUUCAACUCAAGAAGAGGCUGGAUCCGCGAAAUGUGCUGGCUUACACCUGUCCGCUCCCGAAACUGCCAUUGGGCCCGAGGCUCAUCCUUCUCGUCACCGGUAAAAGCUGUGCUGGCAAAGACUAUUGUGCAGAUGUGUGGGUCUCCAUGUUCGCAGAACAUGCCCUCACGACUCGCGCUGUGAGCAUCAGUGAAGCGACCAAGCGGGAAUACGCGGUGACUACCGGUGCCGACCCUGAUCGGCUGCUUUCUGAUCGCGCCUACAAGGAGCAGCACCGCCCAGCCCUGACAGCAUACUACAUGGAAAAACUACAGCACCAACCUUGGCUGGCAGAGGAGCAGUUCAUGCGAGUGGUGCAUGGUGCUGCCGAUGUGGGCGUACUUGUGAUCACCGGUAUGCGAGACGAAGCACCUGUUGCUGCCUUCUCGCAUCUUGUGCCAAAUAGCAAGCUUCUCGAGGUUUAUGUGCAAGCCAGGGAACAGACGCGACGAUCACGUAAAGGGUGUAAUCACGAGGGCAUGGGUCUUGCACGUGACGAAGCGAUUGAACCAGUCAAGCCACAUCAGGAGGCGUUGAGCUACCGACCCAGUGCCGUGUUCGACAACGAAAUGCACGGGAAUGAAGCUGCGAGAAGCUUUUUCGAAGACAAGCUGCUGCCCCUGGUUCACGAAGACUUACUGCGACUUGCUGACAUGGUGCGUCCAGUACCCGACUUCCCACACGAGAACGUCGUGUUCCGCCAUGUGCUUGGCAUCUCUCAAGAGCCGAACGGGCUAGCUUUGUGCACGUCUCUCCUACAGAGUCACUUCAUUGGCGACUGGAGCAACGUCGCUGCGGUGGCAUGUUGCGAGGUCGGCGGCAUCGUUUUUGCUUCUGCAUUGUCUUUGCGGGUCAACGUCCCCUUGGUACUCAUACGCGAAGCUGGUAAGCUUCCCCCACCUACUGUUUCUGCUGUGAAAUCUCGGUCGCAUGUUUCAUCUUUGAUCCGCAGCGACUCGGAACAGAAGCGGAUCGAGAUUGAACGAAGCGCAGUACCUAAGAACAGUCCAAUCGUGGUAGUGGAUGACACGCUAGCUACAGGCGAAACGCUUUGUGCAGUGCUGCAGAUAUUAGAAGGGGCUGGUGUUGCUGUUGAGAAUAUGAGCGCCAUGGUUGUUGCCGAAUUCCCCAUUCACCGUGGACGGGAAUUGUUGUGCGGACGUGGCUUCAGUGGAGUGAGCGUUCAAAGUCUUCUCACGUUUGGCGGUGUAUAA